CUUCUUAGGUUUUCCUGGGACGUCGUUCUUCUCACAAGUCAGCAAUGAGUUUCAUUCCAAAUCUAAUACAAAUGUAACCUUGUUCUCUGCGAACGAAUUGACCCGUCAUAUUUCCCUCUUGAGUGCCAUAUUGAGAAUUAUGGACAGCAAUGCAGACAUUAUUACACGUUCUGAUCUCCUGUACCUCAUCGAAACCAUCGAGAAGGCCGCUCAACUCAAAAAAAUAGCUGUCCCCACUGAAGUCUUCAUAUUCAUGGUCCGCAAUUGCUUGGAACUAGUUAGCAGACUCAUCGACCCUGAUAUGGCUGAACAAUGGGAGAAUUUGAGAGAUCACGAGAAUUACCUCGGACCAUUGACAAUGGUAGAGAACAUUGACAAGCUGCUGUGGACAUUGGCGGAUGAGCUUUGGGCAGAGCGCAAAAGCUUCACAGUGUCAACAAAGAACAUGGAUAUUCAUCUGGAGCCGCGAGGGCUGGCGCAGAUGAGCUGCGGUCAUGUGUUCAAGCCCUCGAUUCACGGCGGUCAGUUCAGCGGCCAUGAUGAGAUCCUCAUAUCAGAGUCAGAAAUGCAGAGAGUCUUCUCAUUGGGCCACAAGGAUGUCAUGCUUAUUUAUACCUACUACAGUAACCUGGUAGAGAAGUCGUUCAGAGUGGACGUCAAAACACCCGCUGACCAACAGACCAAUGGCAAGAGGGAUCAUACUGGUCAGCUGGACACGGCAGUAAUCUCAGCGACAGUGCGAGAUGUGCAGAAGGCAGAAAAUGUUCCUGUGUCCGUCCAAUACUCUCUAUCUUCUGGAAUUACGGCAGAAUACCCCAAGCAAGUGACGCCCGUCUGUGUUUUUUGGAAUAUCGAAUUCAUGGUGGGACGUACAAGUGCUUGGUCCAAUAAAGGGUGCAGAGUGUUGCCUUCUCCUCCUGAUGUCACAUCCUGCUUUUGCAACCACACCACCAAUUUUGCUGUCCUUAUGAAUUAUAUGGAGCCAGGGUGGAGUGCCAAAGAGGAGAGCAUUUUGACGAAGCUGACAUUUAUCGGAUCCGGAGCCUCUCUCUGCGCACUGGUGGUGACCUUGAUGCUGUUUACCGUGUUAGACAUCCCGAAAUCUGACCGCACAUCAGUCCACAAGAAUCUUUUUGUGUCUCUGACUUGUGCUCAAAUUGUCCUUCUCUGCAGUGGUUCCGCGGUUCACAAUAAGGUGGCCUGCACGCUUGUGGCGGCUCUGAUGCAUUUGUUCUUCUUGGCAGCGUUCAGCUGGAUGCUGGUUGAGGGCCUGCUGCUCUGGAGCAAAGUAGUGAGCGUUAAUUUGAGCGAGGACCGCCACAUGAAAUACUACUACCUGAUUGGCUGGGGUCUGCCCGUGCUGAUCGUUACCAUCACGCUGGCCUCUGCCUCUGGGAACUAUUCAGCCGAUGGCCACUGCUGGCUCAGUGUUCAGAACGGAGUCAUAUGGGGCUUUGCCGGCCCAGUCAUCUUCAUUGUUAUGGUGAAUAUCAUGAUUCUGACCCGUGUGGUCCUGAUCACCAUCGCCACAGCCAAGAGAAGAUCACUGAUGAUGAACAACAGCCCGGAAGAGCAAGUCUCUGAGCAGAUAAGGGCGGCAGUGAAAUCCAUACUGGUUCUGUUGCCGAUCCUGGGCCUGACCUGGCUCUGUGGAGUCCUGGUGCCGUUCUCCGUGGUUAUCGCGUACAUCUUCAGCCUCCUGAACUCACUGCAGGGUCUCUUCAUCUUCCUGAUAUAUGGAGUGUACAACACUGAGGUUCGAAACACAGUCAACAGAAUCAAAGAAAGAAGAAAAGCCUUAAAUUUCUCCAACUGCGCCAGUUCCAGGCCCUCCAGUUCGGUGGGCAGUUCUCGGCCGGGCAGCUCUCCAUUGCCAGUUGUCUUUGACGGGCAGACGGUCACAACCAGCGUCUCCAGCAGUUCCUCGACCCACAGUGACAACAUCACCCAGAGUUACGACAAAACCAGACAUCUGUCCCUCCUCUGUGUCCAUGACAACCUGAAUGAAGACCUGCGAUGUCCUGACACUAGUGUCCACCUCGCUGGACAGGAGAACGUGAAGAAACCUAAAAACAGUCUUCCAAACGAAUGCAGUCUGAACGUACCCAUGGAGGCCGAAGGAAUGUCACCUCCUCAGCAGAACGCCCACAUGUGUCUUUAUUGAAACUUCUCUACAUCUUGUGUUUUGGUAAAGUGCAGAUAGUCUGUAAAUGUUUCAACAUAUCGUGUACAUGCUUUGAAGCAUAUCUAAAUAUGUUCAUUUGUGAAAAACUAACUUAAUGCUAUUUUGUACAGGUUUCAUCUUGAAUAAGCUGAAACGAUUCUAUUUCUAUUUAGUUAUGUCUGCACACUAUAUGUGAAUGAGAGUGUAGCAGGAUCAGGUACGUGUUGCUUUCUUGAAUCUGAUUAGAAAUCUGAACAUUCACGGUAUCAAGUGUGAAUCUGUUCAUCUUUGUAUCAGGAAGAAACUAUUGUUCACUGAUCAUGGAUUAUUGCCAGAAUAUGAAAUAAAAUCACGACUGUUGGCAUAAUAGUCAUUUAUUAAAAUAUG